UGUAUGACUACAAAUUGGCGAUGAUUACAGAGUGAAGCAACUGUCUAACCAACUCUCUUCCACUUCGACUUCUCCGCCUUCUUCUUUCUAUUUCUCAUCACUUCACUCCUUCCUUCCUUCAUUCCUUCACUCACCAACAAACCAUGGCUUCCCCAUUUCUCCCCACCACCACCUCCUCCGUCGCCGCCACCAAUUCCACCACCCUCUCCUUCUCCUCCGCCCUCGCCUCACGCCGCGUCUCCUUCGCGGCAUCAGCACCCUCGAAACCUCGCCGGCGGCCUUCCCAGUCAGUCCAAUCCAAGAUCAGGGAGAUCUUCAUGCCGGCGCUCAGCUCCACCAUGACGGAGGGCAAAAUCGUCUCCUGGGUGAAAUCCGAGGGCGACGUCCUCUCCAAGGGUGACAGCGUCGUCGUCGUCGAGUCCGAUAAGGCCGACAUGGACGUCGAGACGUUCUACGAUGGAAUCCUCGCCGCCAUUGUCGUCAACGAGGGCCAGACCGCCCCCGUCGGCGCCCCUAUUGGCCUACUCGCUGAGACCGAGGAGGAAGUCGCUGAGGCCAAAGCUAAGGCUGCCAGUUCCGCUAAUUCCGCCGCUUCCUCCGCCCCGCCAGUGGUUGAAUCUUCAAGUCCUGCCCCGGCGGCCAAGGUGGUUUCUGACGGGCCGCGGAAGACGGUGGCGACGCCGUACGCCAAGAAGCUUGCCAAGCAGCACAAGGUGGAUAUUGGAUCGGUGGUGGGGACUGGUCCGAAUGGAAGGAUUACUCCGGCUGAUGUGGAGGCUGCUGCUGGAAUUAAGCCAGCUGCGAGCAAUGCGGCUCCCGUUGUGGUGGCUGCUCCAGCUCCGGCGGCUGCCCCGCCUCCAAUUCCUGGGUCUAGUGUUGUCCCCUUCACGACAAUGCAGUCCGCAGUUGCCAAGAACAUGUUGGAGAGUCUCUCGGUGCCUACAUUCCGUGUUGGGUACCCUGUUACCACUGAUGCACUUGAUGCCCUCUAUGCGAAGGUGAAGCUGAAGGGUGUGACGAUGACGGCGAUUCUAGCCAAGGCCGCUGCGAUGGCACUGGCUCAACAUCCAGUGGUGAAUGCCUCCUGUAAAGAUGGGAAAAGCUUUACAUAUAAUAGCAGCAUUAACAUUGCUGUAGCCGUGGCAAUCAAUGGUGGUUUGAUUACUCCUGUUCUUCAGGAUGCUGAUAAGUUGGACCUCUAUCUUUUGUCCCAAAAAUGGAAAGAGUUAGUGGAUAAAGCUCGUUCUAAGCAAUUGCAGCCUCACGAGUAUAAUUCAGGAACAUUUACCCUUUCAAAUUUGGGAAUGUUUGGAGUUGACAGGUUUGAUGCUAUACUACCUCCAGGCCAGGGGGCUAUCAUGGCUGUUGGAGCAUCUAAGCCUACUGUUCUGGCAGACAAGGAUGGAUUCUUCAGUGUAAAAAACAAAAUGCUGGUGAAUGUAACUGCUGAUCACAGAAUAAUCUAUGGAGCAGACUUGGCUGCAUUCCUUCAGACGUUCACAAAAAUUAUUGAAAAUCCUGAAAGCCUAACAUUGUAGGCAUUCAAUCAACACUGACAUAAUUAUCUGUGCUUAUCCACCAAGGGAAUGAUGAAUUGAUACUUGAUAGUUUUUACUCAGCAGCCAUUUUGGCUCAAUGCCAAAUAUUUUGAGUUUAUCUUGUACUUUCAUUUUGUUAGUCAAUUUUCUGGGUCUAUUCCAAGGAACAAUGACUUGAUUUAAAACUGGAGAAACAGCUUUGAAUUUGUUAUUUUCCCAGUGAAGGAUAUUGUAAACUGAAAUUUAUAGUGAGAAACAAGGUGAGCUUCAUCAGCAUUACGUUUAUGCUUUUGCAAUAAGAAAAACUAGCAUUCUUUUCUUC